GCGACGUUGUUUCUUACACCAUGCAUUGAUUUUACCGAGUCAUAUUUCUCUUACCAUUUCAUUUCAUCUCAUUGUCUAGCAUAGCCAUGGCGUCUUGGUCCUGUUUAUAACCAUUUUCCUCCUCACAAUACUCUCCACCCAACAAAGUUCCCCGCGACGAUAUUCGAUUUAGGACGCCAUGACUGUCCCCGCCCUGUUGACUGCUCAGGCCUGUGUUGACCAGGUGCAUGUCAUUCUGGGCUCUGGGCCCUUAGCAGCCUCCAGAUGUUUCAAGUCUCUCGAAGUCGGUGCUCAUCCAGUCAUUAUUACACCAAACGCUGCAGAUCUACACUUCAACCUCUUCGCGUGCAUCGAAGACGGCAGGGUUCGGCAUAUAGAGCGAGAUUUUGAAGAGGAGGACCUUCAAACACUGGGAAGGGAGGAAGUGGAAGGAUAUGUGGAUGCGGUCUUCGUCACAUUGCCUGCGAAGGAGCCGCAGGUUGCGAACAUUGCAAACCUGUGCAAGCGUAUGCGCAUUCCUGUGAAUGUGGUCGACGCACCUCAUCUUUGCACCUUCACACUCCUAUCCGCAUAUUCCGACGGUCCAUUACAGAUUGGUAUCACCACAUCCGGGAAUGGCUGCAAACUAUCGUCUCGCAUCAGGCGGGAGAUCGCGUCUGCCCUUCCACCCAAAUUCGGUGCAGCGGUAGAUCGACUAGGAACGGUUAGACGUCGGAUAUGGGAAGAAGACUAUAAGUCACAAACUGCAAACUCAACGGAAGUGAUCGAUGCAGAGGUCGACGAUGACGAUGGUGCUGCUCAAAAGCAUACUUUCAAUUCGCUGGUGAGAGAAGACGACAAAGACCCGGGAGUUCUCCGCACCAGACGUAUGAGGUGGCUUUCACAGAUAUGCGAGUAUUGGCCAUUGAGUCGACUGGCAGCCAUCACAGAUGAUGAUGUCUCAGCCAUCCUGGAAGCAUACAGGACCACUGCACAGCCUCCAGCGCUAGACUCUGAUUCAAGCAACCAUCUCAUGCCUGCUCUACCUUUACAUCGGGGUACUAUCACUCUGGCUGGCUCAGGCCCCGGCCAUCCUUCCCUACUGACUAUUGCAACUCGGACCGCCAUCGAUAAUGCACAUCUUAUACUUGCAGACAAGUUGGUCCCCGCUGAAAUCUUGGCUCUUAUUCCUCGUCGAACUCCGGUGCAUAUUGCUCGCAAAUUCCCUGGUAACGCGGAUGCUGCUCAAGAAGAGCUCCUACAGCUUGGACUCAAUGCAAUGAAGCAAGGCAAGGAUGUUUUGAGACUUAAGCAGGGAGACCCUUAUCUGUAUGGCCGAGGCGCCGAAGAAUUCUCAUUCUUCAGGGAACGGGGCUUUGAAGUCAGAGUGAUCCCCGGUAUUACCAGUGCAAUGUCUGCACCCCUUUUUGCAGAUAUUCCGGUCACCCAUCGAGCUGUGGCUGAUCAAGUUGUUAUAUGUACUGGUACGGGGCGGAAAGGAGCAGCACCAGAGCCGCCCUCCUAUCGACCAAGCAAGACGGUUGUCUUUUUAAUGGCUUUGCACAGGCUGGAGAGUCUAGUUCAAACUUUGACGGUGGCCUCUCAAGAUUCGGGAAACCCACCUCAUGCUCGCCGAUUAUGGCCGGUCACGACACCUUGCGCUGUGAUUGAGCGUGCAAGCUGUCCUGACCAGAGGGUCAUACGAUCUACCUUGGAACACGUGGUACAGGCCGUCGAAGAAGAAGGGUCCAGACCGCCGGGGCUGCUUGUUGUUGGAAAAUCCUGUGAAGUGCUGCAUAAGCUUGAGGAGGGAAAGGCAUGGUUGGUGGAAGAAGGGUUCAGGAGCUUAGAUUCUAUCGGAUCUUCUCCUUCCGAAUUGAUCGUGUUGAAGGAAUUAGAACAAGCAUCUACUAGGGAGGUUGUCCCAACAAAGACUGCUUGAUUUACGUGGUUAUGCCUACCAAAUAAUGUCACAUCGACCAAACAUUACGGAUAUUACGGUGUCACGAUACCCAUAUAGCAUAUACAGAAUGAAAGCCUUAUAAUAGGAGUUGCACUGAUCAUGG